AUGGCGCCCCGCCCUAUCUUUACUGCCACGCACCCACGUGCAUGCUCUACGGCCUUUGAGCGGGUCUUCAUGGCCCGCCGCGAUAUCCUAGAGAGUGUCCACGAGCCUUUCGGAGAUGCUUUUUACUACGGUCCUGAGAUCCUCAGCGAUCGCUUCAGAAAUGACACAGCCACUCGCGAACAGAGUGGUUUUUCCCAAAAGACUUACAAGGAUGUCCUUAACGAAGUCAUGGAUGCGGGCAAAGAUGUCAGUUACUUCCCCUCCUUCAUGUUCAUGCGAGCACUCGAACUCCCCGAACUCCCCGCUACACCCCACGCCUCGAAUGAGGGGAAUAGGAAACAUGUGCCAGCCAAGCUUUUCUUUUCCUCUUCUUUCUUAUUGGCAGCACAUGCAUGGCUAUCAGCUAUUACACUAGGCAAACGAAUCUUCAUCAAGGACAUGGCCUACUACCUCAUGGCCCCUGACGAUAAGCCCACCAAGACUGCACCGUCUCUGGGCGAGGAUGAGCCUAGCAACCCAACCGUGUUGCCACUAGAGGUCCUGAAGCAAUUCCAAUUCACUUUCCUCAUCCGCCACCCCCGCCGAGCUAUUCCUUCAUACUACCGUUGCACCGUGCCACCUCUGGAUGAAGUCACAGGCUUCUAUGAAUUCAUGCCAAACGAGGCAGGCUACAAGGAGCUCGUGCGUUUCUUUGACUUUUUGAUCAAAGAGAACAUUGUCGACAAGGACAACCUUGUUGUCAUUGAUGCCGAUGAUCUUCUCGAUAACCCCGAAAAGACCAUCCGUCUCUACUGCGAGAAGACAGGCAUCGACUUCAAGCCCGAGAUGCUCGAGUGGAACGAAGAAGAUUGCUCUUACGCUACCGCUGCCUUCGAGAAAUGGAAUGGCUGGCACAACGACGCUAUCAAGAGCUCGGCUUUGAGGCCUCGUACUCAUCACCAGAAGACGUUGACGACCGAGUCCGAAGACAAAGAAUGGACCGCCAAGUUUGGUCCUGAAGCGCAGAAAGUGAUCCGCAAGACCGUCGAGGACAACGUUGCCGAUUACGAGUACCUGAAGCAGUUUGCGCUGCAAAUCUAA